AUGUGGAGGGGACGUUUCCUGGUGGCCACAGAUCAGUCAACGUGCACGCUGGCUCUAGAAUUUGUGUUCCUCGAAGGGGGCGCCGGCGGGCGACAGGAGGCUGGCGCGGGUCAGCGCGCAUGCGCCUCUGGCUCUUUCCUGUUUCUACAGCAACGCGUUCUCGCGGCAGGGGCUGUUGGGUUCCAGUUCUCAGGACCUCCCCCCACCCCACGCUCCAUCCCCGAGGCCCAGCCUAACGUGUCCCCGAGGCCCAGCCUAACGUGUCCCGAGGCCCAGCCUAACGUGUCCCCGCAGAACUACCAGCACCAGCUGUCCCGGGCCCCGCCCCAGCAACUGACCCAUGAGAAGGCAGUCACCACUGCAGGGGUUCUCCCUGAGGCUGACGAGCCAAGCCCCACACUGGGCUCGUCAGCCAGGGGCCACGCCACGGGAAGAGGAGCCCCCGGGAAGCGUGUCUUGAAGGCGAGCGGGGCUUACUUUCAGGAGGGCCGGAAGGCCGUGGGUCACAGACUCCACUCAAAGGGCGCAAACAGAAUCUCGCACUCCCGGGGACCCAGGGCAGAGACGGUAAUGGGAAAGCAGCCUGGGCCAGACCCACUUGCUGAUCUCGGGAGAGCCUCCUGGACAGGCAGGAGGCAGCUGGGACUCACCCCGGGGACACAAGCACUGUCAGCAGCCACUUGUGGGAGCUCGUCCCACCACGAGGACGCUGGAGGUGGUAAACACCGUUUCUGGUAAACACCGUUUCAGAAUCCUGC